UUGUUGUUUCCAUGGCAUGUGCGUCAAGCGUCAGUAUUUGAGCUGAUAAGGAAUUAGUGUACUUUUUAAAUUUCGGCUUAUUGAAAUUGGAAUCAUGAGUAAACACCAUGGAAAGAAUAAACUCAAUCUGAAACUCCCUCCAGGAUCUAUUGAACCACAAGAACAGUCAGCAUUUAAUGAUCCUAAUAAUGAAUCUUUUGAUACAAGUAUUGAAGCUCUUCAGAGAACUUUAGAAGGCCUUGAUCUUGAUGAGCAACAAAGGAAAAGACUUGAAGCUUUCCUUUCUCAAAAGCAGAAGGUUGGGGAGUUAAGUGUAGAUGAUUUUGAAAACUUGGGAGAAUUAGGUGCUGGAAAUGGAGGAGUUGUUACCAAAGUUUUACAUAAACAUAGUGGCCUUGUAAUGGCUCGAAAACUCAUACAUUUAGAAGUAAAACCAGCUAUACGAAAUCAAAUAAUUCGUGAAUUAAAAGUCCUGCAUGAAUGCAAUUCCCCUUAUAUUGUUGGAUUCUAUGGUGCCUUCUACAGUGAUGGAGAAAUCAAUAUUUGCAUGGAAUACAUGGAUGGGGGUUCAUUAGAUCUAGUCUUAAAGAAAGCAGGUAGAAUACCUGAAAAGAUUUUAGGCAAAGUAACCAUUGCAGUGUUUAAAGGCUUACGCUAUCUCCGUGAAAAGCAUCAGAUAAUGCACAGAGAUGUUAAACCUUCAAACAUCUUGAUUAAUUCAAGAGGGGAAAUCAAAAUUUGUGAUUUUGGUGUUAGUGGGCAGCUGAUUGACUCAAUGGCCAAUUCUUUUGUUGGCACUCGUUCUUACAUGUCUCCUGAAAGACUACAAGGCACUCAUUAUACUGUACAAUCAGACAUUUGGAGUUUAGGGCUCUCACUUGUAGAAAUGGCAAUUGGAAGGUACCCUAUACCACCUCCAACAAAUAAAGAACUUUCCCAAAUUUUUGGAUCCAGUUUUGUUCCAGAUCAAGAUUGUCAGUGUUCGUCACCUGGUUCCAACAAAAGACUAAGCAAUUUAAAUACUCCAACUGGGGAUAAUCCUAUUACUUUAUCUAUUUUUGAACUACUGGAUUAUAUUGUAAAUGAGCCUCCCCCUACUUUGCCAAGUGGAGUGUUCUCUAAAGAAUUCAAGGAUCUUGUAGAUAGAUGCUUGAAAAAGAAUCCAGCUGAACGAGCUGACUUAAAAACUCUCAUAAAUCAUCCAUUUGUAAAGAAUGCUGAAACUGAAGAAAUAGACUUUGCUGGUUGGGUAUGCCAAACUAUGGGGCUUGAUCCUUCAACACCAACUAAACCAACAUCUGAUGGCUAUAUUUAAUGAUUCUUUUGGGUAUCUUUAUUCAGUAGUAAUCAAAGAAAAAGAAUGCAUUUCUUUGGCUGAUAUUAAGUUUUGUAGCAUAUACAUUUACUAUAUAUUUGUAAAAAAAUGAAAUACAUUUAUUUUUGAAACAGUGGAUUUUUUUUUAAAAAAAAGUCCUUUUUUUGAAAAGUUAAGUGUAAAAAAAAGAAAAAAGAAGCAACUUGCAAUGAUGUUUAUUUUUAUGCAAAAAUAAAUAGAACUUGAAGCUUUGUGUAAACUAAAUGUUCCUAUUAAACUUCUUUUAUAUAUCACAAAUGUUUUUUAUACUUAAGAUAUUUCAGUUUAAGUGCAUUAUUAUUAGUAUGAAGAUUGU